GACUCAACUUCCCGGCAGACGCUUCUCUCCAGCACCCCUGAAUUGACCUUACCAGAGAGCGUGAGGAGUGCCAUCCCUCUGUCGUCCUCCUUGACGUGGCCUGGCGCCCAGUCCGUUGUUUGUCUAUAUUCUCCAUGCCCCGAAAUUUUGAUUUAUUUUCCUAUUGGAUGUUAUACUGUAUGUGUAUUAUUUCCGUGACAAUGCUUUGACAUUUGCUCUGUCAGCAAAUUGCCAUCUGUUCACGAGCAGGUAGGGUGUAGUUGCUCUCCUGUGCGGCAGGAGGCAGCAGAGCCCCAUUGAUUCUGUUUAACCCGACGAGCCCGAGCGUCAGGUUGUUCCGGUGACAAGAAAUCUUACAAAUGUCCCCGAGUUGUCGUGAAUGACUUCAUUUUAUUUUUGACAUUUCUAAAACAUAGAAAAAUUGCCAAUCUUUUCCCCCACCUGGUUGAAUUAAUCAUACUCUAAGAAUAAUCGUACUCUAAGAAUACAUACUUGAAAAUAGAAAGAAAACGACAUUUAUAAAUACGAUUUGAAGGUCGUUGGUUAAUCACCUCAACGUUUUACUUUUCUUAUUUAAUCAUUCUUUAUUCAUUAACUACAUCUAAUUUAUAUUUUUCACACAUUUCAAACAUGAGUUGUUAUUGUUAAUCUAUUGGUGGCCUUCUCUUAAGAGCUGUCGUCUGUGUUAUGAGAUUGUUUGUUAUAAAUCAUCUGUUUUGUUGAAAUAAAUCACCCAAACAUUGACACGCACGCACACAAGAAAGUUUAGCGACAGCACAAACGAUGAAGACAAAAUGCCUGACAAACAGGAGAAGAGGUAAAUCUGGGAUUAUCCGGUGACCCGAACCUCACAAAGACUUAUCAUACAAAACGCACAAUACAAAGGAAGAGGUGGUGAAGGACAAAGCUAAUGAGGAGAGGACAGCGGGAGGUGGUGAAGGCGGACGUGAGUUCAUCCUCAAUUUCACCUCAAGUGUGUUCAAGUCCCGUCGGCACCAGCGCGACGCCAUCGGGCUACGUUCGAAAUAGCAAUCGCUGCCUGUCAGUGAACACAAUCGUAUUCGCUAAUUCAUUCAUUGUGAUUGUGUUCACGUCAAGUGGGAUUAUGUUUACAAGUCAAGUUUGAUUGUGUUCAUGCUAGGUGUGGGCGGUAUUCCAAUGGCAGGUUUCCAUUGUGUAAAUGCCAGGUGCGACGUUCCAUGUGUCAGGUAUGCUUGUGUUCAUGUCAAGUGUGCUUGUUGUUGCGUCCAAGUGUCAUGCUAAUUACACGGCAGGUGUUAUGUUGUAACAUUUCACAAGUGAUUGUGUUCAUGCCGCGGGAAAUCGUAUUUAGAUGUCACGUGUGAGUGUUAUGGAUCAUAUGAGAUUGUGUUUACAUGUCAGUUAUAAUCUUAGAUUUUUUUUUUUGGGGGGGGAUAUAUUUCUAUUCUCUCUGUGCCUUUAAUUUAUUUGCAGCCGUCCUUCCCUUUAACACACUGAGCCCCUUUCCUGUUUAAUCUGCAAUUGGGGCGGGAGGAGGAGGUCAGAGGAAGAGAGAGAUCGAGGGACUGAGAGAGAUGAGCAGAGGAGAGGAAGAGGAGGAGAGAUGAAGAGAUUCAGAUUAGUGAAGCCGAGCUGAAUUUCUCUCAGCCUCUCGCCCUCUUUUCACAUCCCUCGGCUUCGUCACAGAAAAGAAAAAAAAAAAUCGAGCGCAUCAUCAGAUGAACCUGCUGUGAGUGACGGGCAGCUGGGGCAACUCGAUCAAGUGAACCGGGCCAGCAUGCAAAGUUUUGUUUGUUUGUUUGGUGAGGAGCCAUGAAGAUGGGACCAAUAUGAACGCUUGACGUGGACCACCAGAAGACAUGCAGCACAACCACAAAAGCGCGGCGCGUAACGGCUAUGCCAACGCCGUGGACGGUGAAGACGGUGGCGGCGAGGGUGAGGAGGGCGGAGAGGAAGACAGAGGAGGAGGCGGUGGCGGAGGUGCGGGAGAGGACAAUGGCGGAGGAGGGGACUGGGACGAGGAGCUGGAAGGCCAGGACCGGGAAGUGCGAAUGACCAGGACAGACACCCUCCACUCAACCACCAGUUCCACCGGAACGCAACGUAGGAGAGGACAACACGCCAAGAAACAGGUCCAGGGAAGCAAUCAGGUCCAGCGAGCACCCCGAGCACUGUUCUGCCUGAAGCUCAACAACCCGAUCAGACGUGCUGCGCUCUCCAUUGUUGAAUGGAAGCCUUUUGACAUCUUCAUCCUGUUAGCCAUCUUCGCUAACUGUGUUGCAUUGGGUGUGUCCAAGCCCUUUCCCGAGGACGACUCCAACUCCACCAACCACGACCUGGAACAAGUGGAGUAUGUCUUCCUCAUCAUCUUCACGGUGGAAACCUUCCUGAAGAUCCUGGCUUAUGGUCUGGUCAUGCACCCGAGUUCUUACAUCCGCAAUGGCUGGAACCUUCUGGAUUUUGUUAUCGUCAUCGUCGGGUUGUUCAGUGUCGUCCUGGAGACCAUGACGCACAAGUCGGGCGAGCAGGCCACCGCGCACCACAUGCCGGGCAAACCCGGAGGUCUGGACGUCAAGGCUCUGCGCGCCUUCCGGGUCUUGCGGCCACUCCGGCUGGUUUCCGGAGUUCCCAGUCUGCAGAUUGUGCUGAACUCCAUCAUGAAGGCCAUGGUUCCGCUGCUCCACAUCGCUCUGCUGGUCCUCUUCGUCAUCAUCAUCUACGCCAUCAUCGGCCUGGAGCUCUUCAUCGGACGCAUGCACAGGACUUGCUACUACACGGAAACCGAUACGUAUGUGGAGGACGACCCGGUGCCGUGCGCUUUCGCGGGUCACGGCCGCCAGUGCGCGGUGAACGGCUCCGAGUGUCGCGGGCGUUGGGAUGGACCCAACGGCGGCAUCACCAAUUUCGACAACUUCUUCUUCGCCAUGUUGACGGUGUUCCAGUGCAUCACCAUGGAGGGCUGGACCGACGUCCUCUACUGGGUGACAAAGGACCGGCCCACGCGCUGCGUGAGGGGCCGUCGGCCACGGAAUUCAGGAUUACCCGUAACCCUAACCCGACGGCCCCUCGUAGCAUUCCGUCACUUUACCCACCUCACCGUCAUGGCCGCCCUCAUAACAAUUCUCUCGUGCGCGCAGAUGAACGACGCCAUCGGCUUCGAGUUGCCGUGGGUCUAUUUCGUCAGCCUGGUCAUCUUCGGCUCCUUCUUCGUUCUCAACCUGGUUCUCGGUGUCCUCAGCGGAGAGUUCAGCAAGGAGAGGGAGAAGGCGAAGGCUCGGGGAGAUUUCCAGAAGCUCCGUGAGAAGCAGCAGAUGGAGGAGGACCUGUGUGGAUACAUGGACUGGAUCACUCAGGCGGAGGACAUGGACGAGCUGGAAGAGGAAGGGAACCACCGUCCAUCUCUCGGUGAUUUGUCAGAUAAGAAGAGAGGAAAGUUUGGAUGGUUCAGUCACUCCAAUGAGACGCAUGCGAGUCUUCCCGCCAGCGAAACGGCAUCGGAGAACACGGAAAACAUCGACGAAGAACACACCAACUGCUGCCAGGCCUGCUGCGCUCGAAUGAUGAAGAUCGGCUGCUGUCGGACCCUGCGACGCUGGAACCGAGUGUGUCGCAGAAACUGUCGCACGGCCGUCAAAUCGGUGACCUUCUAUUGGCUGGUCCUGCUGCUCGUCUUCCUCAACACUUCCCUCAGCGCCUCCGAGCACUACGACCAACCCGAUUGGCUGACGCAGGUGCAGGAUAUCGCCAACAAGGUGCUGCUGUCGCUCUUCACGGUGGAGAUGCUGCUGAAGAUGUACAGCCUGGGCCUGGCGCAUUACUUUGUGGCGUUCUUCAACCGCUUCGACUGCUUCGUGGUUUGCGGCGGCAUCGUGGAGACCAUCCUGGUGGAGCUGGAGAUCAUGCCGCCGCUGGGAAUCUCCGUGCUGCGUUGCGUCCGCCUGCUGCGCAUCUUCAAGGUCACGCGCCAUUGGACGGCUCUGUCCAACCUGGUGGCGUCUCUGCUCAACUCGAUGAAGUCCAUCGCCUCGCUCCUGCUGCUGCUCUUCCUCUUCCUCAUCAUCUUCGCCCUGCUGGGCAUGCAGCUCUUUGGCGGCAAGUUCAAUUUCGACGAGACGCAGACCAAGCGCAGCACCUUUGACGCCUUCCCGCAGGCGCUGCUCACCUGCUUCCAGAUCCUGACAGGCGAGGACUGGAACGUGGUGAUGUACGACGGCAUCAUGGCGUACGGCGGCCCCGUCUUUCCCGGCAUGAUCGUCUGCAUCUACUUUGUCAUCCUCUUCAUUUGCGGCAACUACAUCCUGCUCAACGUCUUCUUGGCCAUCGCUGUGGACAAUUUGGCCGGAGGGGAUGGAGAUGACAAGGCCAAAGAGAAAAAGACGGACGCAACGGAUGAAGAGGUGGAGGAAGAGAAGGAAGUGAAGGUGGACAUCGAUGAAGACACCGAGUACGAGGAAGAGGAGGAGCUACCGGAAGGCGAAGAUGACGGUGGUGUGCAGCUGAAGAUGGCUGACCUGGCACCACCCAAGGAAAAGGUUCUUCCCAUCCCAGAUGGCAGCGCCUUCUUCUGCCUCAGCAAGACCAACCCCAUUCGAGUGGCGUGCCACACUUUGAUCCACCAUCACAUCUUCACCAACCUGAUCCUGGUCUUCAUCAUCCUCAGCUCAUGCUCAUUGGCCGCCGAGGAUCCCAUCAGGGCGCACUCCUUCCGGAACAAUGUCUUAGGUUACGCCGACUACGCCUUCACCUCCAUCUUCACCGUGGAAAUCCUGUUCAAGAUGACGGUUCACGGAGCGUUCCUGCACCAGGGUUCCUUCUGCAGGAACUGGUUCAACUUGCUGGAUCUCCUCGUCGUCAGCGUCUCACUCGUCUCUUUCUUCCUGCAUUCCAGCGCCAUCUCGGUGGUCAAGAUCCUGAGGGUCCUCCGUGUGCUCAGGCCCCUGAGGGCCAUCAACAGAGCCAAAGGCCUCAAGCACGUGGUCCAGUGUGUGUUCGUGGCCAUCAGGACCAUCGGGAACAUUAUGAUCGUGACCACGUUGCUCCAGUUCAUGUUUGCGUGCAUCGGCGUCCAGCUGUUCAAGGGUAAAUUCUAUCGGUGUACCGAUGAGGCCAAGCACACACCUGAGCAGUGCAAAGGGACGUUUGUGGUGUACAAAGACGGAGACGUGAAUCAUCCGAUGGUGCGGGAAAGAAUUUGGCACAACAGCGACUUCAAUUUCGACAACGUGCUCAUGGGGAUGAUGGCGCUCUUCACCGUCUCCACCUUUGAGGGCUGGCCUGCCCUGCUCUACAAGGCCAUCGACGCCAACGGGGAGAACUCGGGUCCCAUCUACAACUACCGCGUGGAAAUUUCCAUCUUCUUCAUCGUCUACAUCAUCAUCAUCGCCUUCUUCAUGAUGAACAUCUUCGUGGGUUUCGUCAUCAUCACAUUCAGGGAGCAGGGAGAGCAGGAGUACAAAAACUGUGAACUGGACAAGAACCAGCGUCAAUGUGUGGAAUACGCGCUGAAGGCUCAGCCCCUGAAGCUCUACAUCCCCAAGAACCCGGUCCAGUACAAGUUCUGGUCCAUCAUCAACUCCACGGCCUUCGAGUACGUCAUGUUUGUGCUCAUCCUGCUCAACACCGUCACGCUCGCCGUCCAGCACUACGAGCAGUCCAAGACUUUCAGCCACAUCAUGGACAUCCUCAACAUGGUUUUCACUGGACUCUUCACUGUGGAGAUGCUACUCAAACUGUUAGCUCUCAGACUCCGGCAUUACUUUGUGGAUGCAUGGAAUUCCUUUGACGCUCUCAUCGUGGUUGGCAGCGUGGUGGACAUCGUAGUGACGGAGUUCAGCAGCGGAGAGGACAGCUCUCGAGUGUCCAUCACCUUCUUCCGCCUCUUCCGAGUGAUGCGAUUGGUCAAGCUGCUGAGCAAAGGGGAGGGCAUCCGCACCUUGCUGUGGACCUUCAUCAAGUCGCUACAGGCGCUGCCGUACGUCGCCCUGCUCAUUGCCAUGAUCUUCUUCAUCUACGCCGUCAUCGGCAUGCAGACGUUUGGGAAGAUUGCCAUGCAGGAUCACACACAGAUCAACAGGAACAACAACUUCCAGACUUUUCCUCAGGCUGUCCUUCUCCUCUUCAGGUGUGCGACGGGCGAGGCGUGGCAGGAGAUUAUGCUCGCCAGUCUUCCCGGCAAACGCUGUGAUCCCGAAUCCGACUACGAGCCAGGAGAAGAGUUCAGCUGCGGGAGCAACUUUGCCAUUGUUUACUUCAUCAGCUUCUUCAUGUUGUGCGCCUUCCUCAUCAUCAACUUGUUUGUGGCUGUCAUCAUGGACAACUUUGACUACCUAACCCGCGACUGGUCCAUCCUGGGCCCACAUCACCUGGAUGAGUUUAAGAGGAUCUGGUCAGAAUACGAUCCAGAGGCCAAGGGUCGCAUUAAACAUUUGGACGUUGUGGCUCUACUUCGGAGGAUACAACCCCCUCUUGGAUUUGGAAAACUUUGUCCUCACAGAGUCGCCUGCAAGCGUCUGGUGGCUAUGAACAUGCCUCUGAACGCAGACGGCAUGGUGACCUUCAACGCCACCCUCUUUGCGCUGGUCCGCACGGCCCUGAAGAUCAAGACCGAAGGCAACCCGGAUCAAGAGAACGAGGAGCUUCGGGGGAUCAUUAAGAAGAUCUGGAAGAGAAUGAAACCCAAACUUCUGGAUGAAGUCAUCCCGCCCCACGAAGAAGAGGAAGUGACCGUUGGCAAGUUCUACGCAACCUUCCUGAUCCAAGAUUACUUCCGCAAGUUCCGUAAGAGGAAGGAGCGAGGCGGUCUGAGUGUGGAGACCGAUGCCACCAACCCGUCGGCUGUGCAGCUGUGUAAAGCGGGUCUGAAGACCCUGCAGGAUCUCGGUCCAGAGAUGCGUCUGGCCCUCAAUGAAGACCUGGAGGAGGAAGAGGAGGAGGAGGACGAGGAGGAAGAGGAAGAGGAGGAGGAGGACGAGGCCUUGAGGGACGAGGAAGAGGCGGGACGGCGCAAAGACCGGCGAGGAUCCGUCAGUCCGGGCGGGGUCGCGGUCGACGGCGGCGUGGCCAACGGCGGUCUGAUCCAUCGGGUCGGUUCUCUGGGCAAAAUGUCAAACGGCGGCGAUCGGGACGCUCGGGCGUCGCGGCGAGACGAUCCGAGGUCGUCCGUCGAUCGUCGUCGCCGCCGGCCCUCCGUCGGCAACGGCCUCCUGGACCGCGCCCACAAGAGGCCGUCGCAUUACAAACACGGGCGGAGGGACUUGAGGGACAGACACUGCAGGAACGGAGACAUGGACCUGUCCAGAGAGUCACCUUACUACACGAGAGAAGACGACGCAGACAGCAUCACUUCCGCCGAGAGGUAUUACCCUGACGAUUGUCUGCACCGCGAUGGCCACGCCCCCUACCGUCACUACGCUAACGGCUACAGCGAGGGCAGGAGGACCACACGCAGGCGUCUUCUCCCGGCCACGCCCACAGGUCGAAAGCCGUCGUUCAACAUUCAGUGUCUGAGACGUCAGGGCAGCGGUGACGACUUGCCCGUGCCGGGCACCUACCACCCCAAUUCUCCUCCGCGCCGCGGCCGCACUCAGACAUACAACAGUUACGACUGUCCCCCGGCGGCCUCGGCGUCCUGGGCCAAUCCGUGUCCUCGCCGCGGGCGCCUCUUGUACGCUCCUCUCAUCCUGGUGGAGGAGGAGGGCCGGGAGGACCGGCCGACAGGAGCCGGAAGAGGCGUUAGCGUGACGGGAGCGGCGGCGAGUCCCGUCUGGUACGGCAGCCCCGGAGCCCCGCCUCCUUACAGAGCGUACACCACCCUCAGAGUUCCUUCUCAGCUCGGCGCGCCGUUCGGCGAGAAACGAGGCUCGGCCGACAGCCUGGUGGAGGCGGUUCUCAUCUCCGAAGGUCUCGGCCUUUACGCGCGGGAUCCCAAAUUCGUGGCGUUUGCAAAGCGGGAGAUUGCCGACGCAUGUCACAUGACCGUGGACGAGAUGGAAUCGGCCGCCAGCGAUCUGCUGGGGUCCGCCAGCCGCGACUUCCUCCACGCCUCGUCCGCAGAUCCCGCCGCGCUCUACAGCGACGAGGAGCCGAUCAGGACCGGCCGAGAGGAGGAAGAGCUGGCCGACGAGAUGGGCUGCGUGACGUCAUUUUGAUGGGACGGAUGCUCGCGGCCGAUCGGGAGACCGCUGAGGUGGGCGGUCUUGAGAAGCUCUGCGGGAAUUAGAACCCGAUUCAGGGAACUGACGGAGGAGCUCACGUACGUGGCUGCGGGUCGCGUAUCACGCUCGACGUUCUCAAGCGGGCGACGACGACGAACCUCCGAGUGUUUACAAACAACAACUGCUGAAGAAAAACUUACAGUUGGCUGUUGGGUGCUAUCUGUUUAGCAAUUUCCAGCCGGCUGCAUAGCAUGCUCGCUGCGCAGAUAUAAAAACUGGACUCAUUUCUGCUGCUUUUGAUAGUUUGGACAUUUUAAAGUCUCCCAGCAAACACUCCACUCUUAUAUGUUUUUAGUUUCACCUAGCUUAGCGCAAGCAUUAUUGUCUGUCAUGGACAUCGCAAUGCCAUCAGAUGCGGAUUAGGUGUGCUAACUGUUAGCUAUCAGCUAACGCGUGUUAAAGGAUUCACUUGGAGAGUAUAAUGCAAAAAAACGCCCCCCCCAAACCCUUUACUUUUUCAUGCACGCCUCGUUGCUAUCACUAUCUGUGCCGUGUCUGAUGGAUAGGAUACUUCUUUGACUAGUUCAAGAAACUUGUACAGACAUCAACAAUCGAAAUAAGAUGGUCAGACAUGAUGAAUCAAAACAAGCUGGUCAAUCAUGAAAAAUAGAAACAAGUUGGUUGUGCAUGACCAAUUGGGAUAAAAAUGAGCCAGACAUGACCAAUUGAAAUAGACACGAUUAACUCAACAUGAUGACGCUCUUCAGAGAUGACUAAAAGAAGUAAGUUGAUCAGGCAUGACUAAUGGAAAAAUGACUCAAUCCAUCACGACUCAUCGAAAGAAGUCACUCAGACAAGACGAAAUGCAAAAUUGUAUUUUGACUUGGCUCAUCAAAAUGACUUGAUCAGGCAUGAGUCACAUAAAAAGAAGACAAUCAGGCAGGGCUAAUCAAAAUAAAUCCAUCAAACUUGACAAAAUGACGGAAAAAAAAAAGGUUAUCCGGAAAUGACUAACCAAAGGAAGUUGAUCAGACAUAGCUAAUUGAAAGGUGAUCAGAUGUGAGUAAUCGAAGGGUCAAGACUACUUGUGGAACCAAUUAGCACUCCUACUUUUAGAGUACAUGCCAACCAAAUCAAAUUUUUUGUACAUUUUUCUAGCUAGCUGGACGAGCGACUUCUCAUUCGCAUGUCGUCACAUGCGGAAGCUCUUGUCGCCUAUCCGGCGCCCCCGUCACGAUGCUCUUGCGGGUUUGUGACUUUUAUACUGUAUCAGUUCUGGAUGUACGGGAAGGUGAAUUUUCAUUUUUGAUCAAUUUUUUUGUUGUCAAGGUGUUUAUUUUUAUUUUUUUGUAUUGAUGCUGAACAUCAGCAUCUCUCUUGUCUUCUUGUGUUCUUCCUGACCAUCGACCGAAGGGCUCACUCACGGGUUUCCCUCCAAAUUUCAGUCGCGUGACGAAGCAACCAACCGUGCGUACCUCAAAUAAAUAAAAAAAGAAAACAAA